UCGUUGGAUCGAUCUGUAAACGUCACCAUUAAAUGUAUAUUCAAUAUAUUUUUCUUCUAAGUCGCAACAAAAAUUUGCUUUUAUAUUAAUAAUUUAGAAAGCUUAGAACAUCAUACAUAUGUGUGUACAUGCAUACGAACGCGCACACACCCUUCCCAUUUAGGCAGAUAUCUGACGGGCACCAAUCCCUGCUCCCUUGCUUUCCAGGAGAGAGCGACAGCCACGACUCGGGAGACGAAGGAACUCUCGUCGUCGACCUGAGCCAACAGUGUUACACAUACGAAGACCUCGACUCCCACCUGUCGCAGCCCAUCGAUCUAAGCAAGCGCUGUUCCUCCGCGGAUGAGAACGGCGGCAGAGACGACGGCGGCGACGUGCAUCACUUGGGGGCGUGCUGUAAGGCGGAGGACAGCGAGGUCGCGUCUUCGGGCUCAAUGGAUGAAGAAGGGCAGCCUGAUACGUAUUUAAACAGAAUAUCAACCAACAGAAGAAGGCACCGCGGCCCCAAGAGCUGGGAAUUCCUGAUGCGCCUGCUGGCCGACGAACGAACGAACCCGUCAGUGAUCAAGUGGGAGGACCAAUCAGCUGCGACUUUCAGGCUCAUUCAACCUCAUUACAUCGCCAAGCUGUGGGGCAAGCGAUCAGGCAGACCAGAACUCACCUAUAACAACUUUGCCCGGGCUCUAAGGUACCAUUACAAGAAGGGCCAGCUGGUCAAGGUAUCAGAGAGACAGUUGGUCUACGGUUGUGGUCCCGACGCACUGCUCUUCGUGAACCAACUCCUGAACCACGAUAGACCAGCUGAAGAGACCAGGGGCUUAAGAGACAACUCGCAUAGUGAUCUGAAAAGAUGAAUAUUUCGCAGUGAAAUAGGUAGCUUUUUCUUCUUAUACCGUGUCAUCAUGUGAUACUGAUAUUGUUAAUGGUGAUGAUGGACGGUAUCAUUAAUUUUUGCUGUAGAGGAGCGAUGCUGUAACUUGUAGAGUUGCGAACGAUACUGUCGAGUGUAAUUAAUUGCCUGAAAAUAUUUAUUGCUCUUUUUUUUAUAAC